CUAAUCCAUACCAAAAAUUCCCCAAUCCUAAUCCUAUGCUUUUGAACCAUACACCAGCCAGCAACCGCCCCGUCCAGGCGCGGAUACGCUACCGCCAUGCUUCACGCUACUCCAUCCACCAGGAUGAGGUACUUAGUCCCCCAAGAUAUGUGUGAGGUGUGAGGUGUGUGAAUGAAGAGAAGACAGAGAGUCCAGACAACGAACGACGACGCAACCAUAUCACGCCCAGUACAUACCUACCUCCCUCCGUUUUUCAUUCUAUGUCACUUUUUAUUUUUUAUUUAUUUUGCUUCGGCUUCAAUCCAUCACAUCGGACUCUUUUUUUACAUUGACCCUGGUCCUGCCUGGCCUGGCCUUGCUUUGCCUUACUUGCAUUGCUUCUUCUUUUUCUUCCUCCCCCCUCCUCUUUUGCUGCUACUUGCCUCUUCUUUUUUUGUUGUUGCUGUUAUUACUCCUGCUUCUACUCUGAGAGACCGAGGGGAGAGAGGAGUAAUAUCAAACCCUCACACAGUACAAUACCAACACCCGUCCAUCCGCCUGCACCCUUUCUUGCAUCCUUACCGAAUCACGUCGCUCCAUUGACCUCACCACCCACGAGCCCUUCAUUUACACGGACGAUCUGAAGCACACCUCGGUGGUUUCCGGUCCCCCUUUUCCCACCUUACCUCAUACCUUCUGCCUUGUGCCGAAUUCCUCCUACAAAUCAACACCAAACCACCAAACUCCAUCCACCCCUCCGAGCUAGCUCGCCUGGCCGUCCCUGACCAAACGAACCCGUCUCCAAAGUCACCCUGCUCGUUCAGCACGACCUCCAACACCGAAAGCUGCUGCUGCUCCUGCACCACUGACGACGACCACGGCUAAAGGUCCGCCUUCCCUCCACAACAACAACCUCUGCGAAGAAGCUCUUGGUUUCCUUUACGCUUCGGACCAAGGUGCUCUCUCCAUUUCAUUCAGCCUUCUCCUGCCAUGGCCCGCCAGUCAACGAGGCGUCUCCGAUAAACCCAGCAUCAGCAAACCCUGCCUGUAAAGCCCGCCAACCCCCGCCACAACAAGACGAAGAAGCCACCCGACGAGAGGGAGAGCAUCCAGACAAUUCGGCUUGCCCUUCUUUCUGCCUGACUCCUCACCUCAACUCCCGCAAUUUCCUGCAGACGACCCGACGGAAACAACCUACAAGUGAAUCGCUGUCACAAACCCUACCACAGCUUCAAACCCGAUGUAGCAACCUGCGGCCUGGAUUUGCUUCCCUUACUUACACUCGUCGACCCGCCUCUCCCCCCUUCUUUCGGGCACUGUUUUCUCUCUCUCACAUAGUCCAAACCGAUAUUUGCCCUUUCCGCCUACGACCGACCAACUUGAGCUCCCUCCCCGAGCCACGCACCGAACUUGCUCCCCGCUCCGAUGUGUUCGACUGCUGCACCUUUGCCCUUCUACAACCUUCCUCUGUCUCCUGCACACCCCACGUCGUGCAGACGAGGCUACUCUCAACAGACAUCACACCCAGCCGCUCAUAAUCAGAAGCAGUUCAGGUUCGACCAAGGGCCAGAAGCUGCUCUCUAUCGGGGCGGGCUUCGCACGCCGCCAACCGAAGCCAUGAGUGCUACCUACCACGCCCCUCACCUCGUCGCAUACGACAGUCAUGUUCUUCCCUCAUAUCCCACCGCCGUUGCCCAGGCUCGGGGUCCUAAGGCGGUCAUGGCCGAAGCUGCUGCGAGGGCUCCUCAAUAUUCUCGGUACACCCAGCCAACAACGAAUUCCUACUCACAACCCCAGCAGCCAGCUGUGAACCCGGCGUCCGGCACCAGCCAGUACUCCACGACCUCCCGACAUUCGACUCGCUCGUCAACACCGACAUCAGGCGCCAUCGGCAAGUCGGAUGGCGCCUCAUCAUCACGAAAAGGCUCGUCAGCUCUCGUUCUGCACAGUCUGUCGAUACCAAGCUGUAUCAACCCCAAGGGUGGAAACUUGGCAGACUUUGCGGCUCAGAUUACAUGCCUUUUCUGGUUCGAAUCGAUAGAGACUCUGCGAGCCGCCGAGAGCAUCCGAUCACGACCAUCGACCGCCACGACGCCCCGGCUGACCGAAUACGCGACACCAUUCCCCCAGUUCAAAAAAUGGGCCUACAGCGUGUUGUCGACGACCCAAGUGACGCAGAACGUCAUCCUACUCGCUUUGCUGUUUGUGUACCGCUUGAAGACGACGAACCCCUCCGUCAAGGGAAGAUCGGGCAGCGAGUACCGUCUCCUGACGGUAGCCCUGAUGCUGGGUAACAAGUUCUUGGAUGAUAACACGUACACCAACAAGACCUGGGCUGAGGUCUCUGGCAUCACCGUACAAGAGAUCCAUGUCAUGGAAGUUGAGUUUUUGAGCAACAUGCGAUACAGCCUGUUGGCGACCAAGGAGGAAUGGGAGGAGUGGCUCGUCAAGCUAUCCUGCUUCUCAGAGUACUAUGAGCGGGCCCAGAAGCAACCGACCUCGCCACUGAACAAGUCGUUUACCUCGCCGGUCCCUUCGCCCACUGCUGUCAUCCAACCCGCCGUCUCGUUCCCUCCUCUCACACCUUCCACGACGAACGUCUUCUCACCGAACGCGGUCCAGCCAUGGCCCUCGGCCUCGACCUACUCCAACCCCCAACUGUCACCGCUUUCUGGCAAGCAUCUCGGGGGCAUGAACAGCCGGAAGAGGAGCUCGGAGGAGGACAUGACGGAGCCCCCGGCGAAGCGACUCAGCAGACAGCCCAACAGCACUAUGGCCCCAGUCGCCAGAACCCAAGGGGUCAGCGAGCAACCAAUGCGUCUUCCGGUCCCUAACCUCUCGCUGAACACCAACCCCUCGUCGGUACAGGCGCAGGUGUACCCGGGCAUGGCGACAUACCCGGCGCAGCAACACGUUUCGCUACCGCCCCUGAGCAACGGUGUUCGCGCCAUGGCGACGGUAUACCCUCCCGCCACCACCGUCUCCAUGUCCCAGCUGCCUAUGCCGGCCUCGGCCUCGAUGCCCCAGGCCUCACUUACGCCAUCAAACGUCCCGAUGCACAAUGUCAUGGGGUACGGCACGCCGACCAAGAGGCAUAGCCCUGGCAGUCUCUCGGUGUACGCGUCGUCGCCACUGGGCGAGCAGUUUCCAACAUCGGUUAUGCAUACUCCUAUCGCACACACGCCUAUCUCGCACUCGCCAAGUGUAUACCUACAGCAGCGACCGAGCCCAUACAAGCCUAUUCGGCACGUCAACACACUGCUCUACCCCCCGCCGUCGGCGUCUCUCAACGAGUACCAUCUGCCUACGACGCAGAUGCACUACCAGCCUCUUGGACGACGGAACGACCUGCGAACCGGUGUUGUCCCAGAGUUUAUGCACGCACCAUACCGGAUGAGCGCGCAGAUGCCGCAAAUGCCCCACGGGCUACCGCAGGGACCGUACCCGAACUAGGAGAUCGGGCGUCUCGUGCAUUCAGCAACACCACUGUCACUUUUCAGAAUACCUCACUGAGGUGGAAUCUUUUAUCACUUGUUCUUAGCAUUGCAUUGUUUACGGCGUCGACCGAGGGCCACUCAUUUAUUUACGACCAGCCUGGGUAACGACCUGGUUGAACGUUUUCGGGAUUUCCGGGAUUAGGACAAGGAAAGGGACGACUCAUGGCUCAACUGCUAAAAUUGCAUCAUGCGGAGUUGUCUUUUAAUAUUCUUUUGGCAUUUUGUUAGGGCCGUGGAAUCAUGGAGCGGCGGAUGGCGGUACGGCUGAAAGAAGGCCCAGGGUCGUGUAAUACCUACCAAAUCUUUCGAGGUGACUCGGAGCGCACCUCUCAGGCCCGACGCCCAUCCGUCCUGGUCGGAAGACUAAGGGGGCUCAGGGCCUGUCGGCCUUUUUUCAGCGUAGAUAGAAACAAAACGUCAGCGAUGACGACUAGAUCACGAAAGAUCUAAGGAAUCAUAAACAAAGCAGUUCAAAAAAGGACUUUUCUGUCA